UUCCUCAGGACCAGAGACACAAAACAAAUCCUAUAUAUAUAUAUAUAUAUAUAUAUAUAUAUAACAAGAUAAUAUGAGAAGCUGUCUGAAAACCCAGUUGGGCUUUUAGCUUUAGCUAGCACACCAUGUCUAUGUCUACGUCCAUGUCCACGACCAUGAUGACCAAAGUCAUGAGCAUAUCCCAGCCAUCCCCUUUCUCUUCCUCCUCCCAGUCUAUCUCUCCGUCCCCACAACCGCCUCCGCCCUCGACCACCUCCCUCCCACUUCGGACCAUCCCCGGCAGCUACGGAUGGCCGCUGCUCGGCCCCAUCUCGGAUCGGCUUGACUACUUCUGGUUCCAGGGCCCCGAGACCUUCUUCCGGAAGCGGAUCGACAAGUACAAGAGCACCGUGUUCCGCACCAACGUGCCCCCCGCCUUCCCCUUCUUCCUCAACGUCAACCCCAACGUCGUGGCCGUCCUCGACUGCGAGUCCUUCUCGCACCUCUUCGACAUGGAGAUCAUGGAGAAGAGGAACGUCCUCGUCGGAGAUUUCAUGCCAAGUGUCAAGUACACCGGUGACAUCAGGGUUUGCGCGUAUCUUGAUACGGCGGAGCCGCAGCACGCCAAGGUAAAGAACUUUGCAUUGGACAUACUGAAGAGGAGCUCGAGGGUGUGGAUGAAUGAGAUGGUGUUGAAUCUCGGGACGAUGUGGGACACCGUAGACGCCGCCAUGGCCAAGGACGGCUCCGCCAGUUACCUCUUUCCCCUCCAAAAGUUCCUCUUCCACUUCCUCUCCAAGGCCUUGGUCGGCGCAGACCCCGCUUCCAACCCCGAGAUCUCUGACUCCGGCUACACCAUGAUCGACAAAUGGCUCGGCCUCCAGCUCCUCCCUACAAUCUACAUCGGUGCAUUACAACCUUUAACGGAGAUCUUUCUCCACUCGUGGGCGUACCCUUUCGCCCUCGUCCGAGGAGACUACAGGAAGCUCUACGAGUUCGUGGAAAAGGAAGGCAAGGAAGCCAUCGAGAGAGGGAAGACUGAGUUCGGGCUGAGCCACGAGGAGGCUAUCCACAACCUCCUCUUCAUCCUCGGCUUCAAUGCCUUCGGUGGCUUCUCGAUCUUCCUCCCUGCUCUCGUGAAUGCCAUAGCAAGCGACAAAACGGGCCUGCAGGAGAGGCUGAGAAAGGAGGUCAGGGAGAAGCUGGGAGGGCCGGGCGCAGAGCUGAGCUUCGAGUCUGUGAAGGAGAUGGAGCUUGUGAAGUCGGUCGUGUACGAGACUCUCCGGCUCAACCCGCCCGUGCCAACCCAGUUCGCCCGGGCCAGGAAGGAUUUCCAGAUCAAGUCACACGACUCCGUUUUCGAUAUCAAGCAAGGCGAGUUGCUGUGCGGGUACCAAAAACUAGUGAUGAGAGACCCGAAGGUGUUCGAUGACCCGGAGAAGUUCAACCCCGACCGGUUCAUGCAGAACAGCGACCUGUUGAACUACCUCUACUGGUCCAAUGGUCCGCAGACGGGCUCACCAAGCGAGUCGAACAAGCAGUGUGCUGCCAAGGACUACGUGACCCUCACGGCAUUCCUCUUCGUUGCUCACAUGUUCCAACGGUACGAUUCCAUCACCGGGACCUCAUCCUCGAUCACAUCUCUCCAGAAGGCCACCUAGCCAGUAUGAUCGAUCGGUUACCCAAUUAUGAACUACGCACGAUAUUUUUGGAUGUGUAUGUGGACAACCGGCCGUGUACGUACUAGUGAGCGGUCCUGGGGGAGAUGAAAUGCAAUAAACGGUGAGGUGAGUUGGGAACUCGAUGGGGACGGAUCCCAUGUGAUAAUGUUAAUGAGGAACGGUAAAAAUUACAACCAUGUGCUUCAAAUUCAAUGCAUGCAUGUGUCCCGGACGAGCAAGCAUAUAUAAUCCAAAAGGUUCUUUUUUAUUUUUUUUUAUUUUUUGGUAGAUAAUUCAAAAGGUCUUUUAUCUUUUACAGAAUAUGGGUUGGAGGGACUUGAUCCCCCGGGGAGGCUGUUUCUGCCUUAGCUAUAAAAGAGAUGGAAACAUGGGGACCCCUUCUCUCUACACUGAGCCCGCAAAUAAUUGCUAAUCUACAAAUAUAUAAAUACAAUAAACUUGUGCAGUUUGCUGCACUAUAGUAUGGGGCA